AAAAUAGCCGUCUACGAGAAGAUGUGGUCGUACAUGAAGUCAGCGGAGCCCUCCGUGUUCACCAAGACCACAGCGGACGGGGUGGCGCGGGUGCGCAAGUCCAAGGGGAAGUUUGCCUUCCUGCUGGAGUCCACCAUGAACGAGUACAUCGAGCAGCGGAAGCCUUGCGACACCAUGAAAGUGGGCGGCAACCUCGACUCCAAGGGCUACGGCGUCGCGACGCCAAAAGGCUCGGCAUUAAGAACUCCUGUAAACCUUGCAGUAUUGAAACUCAGUGAACAAGGCAUCUUAGACAAGCUGAAAAACAAAUGGUGGUACGAUAAGGGUGAAUGUGGAGCCAAGGACUCCGGAAGUAAGGACAAGACGAGCGCUCUGAGCCUGAGCAAUGUCGCUGGGGUUUUCUAUAUUCUUGUUGGAGGCCUUGGGCUCGCCAUGAUGGUUGCCCUAAUCGAGUUCUGUUACAAGUCGCGGGCAGAGUCCAAGCGAAUGAAACUCUCCAAGAACACACAAAACUUUAAACCUGUUCCCACAACCAGUGCCCAGAAUUACGCUACGUACAGAGAAGGCUACAACGUGUAUGGAACAGAAAGUGUUAAAAUCUAGGGGUACGAUUAAGAUCCUCACUUCUGGCAGCAUGCAAGAGGAGAAGCAGCAGAGAAUGUGGCUACUUCAUGGAUUCAAACCACCUGAGCCCGUCAUAUUCUCUCCAAGUUGUCAGGCAUGACACGCAUUGAUGAUGGUGCAAUGAACUUUUAAUAGGAAAAACUGAUUUUUUUCCUUCAGUGCCUUAUGGAAGACUCUGAGACUCACAACAAUGCAAACCAUCACUGAAAUAUUCUUGCUUUGCUUGAAAGACAAAAGAAGGGAAAAGGAGAUAAGAAAAUAGAAAAGAAA